AUGAUAUACAGUACUGUCUGCAACACUCCGAAACGCCAAUAUGUGAUUCAAGCUGAUUUAUUUGGUGGAUUCUCGUCACCUUCACUUUCGAUCUAUGAUCAAACUGGCAAACAUUUGAAAUUUCGAUUAAAAUCACAAUUUGUUUUACUACAUUCAGUUCAACUGGUUACGCAUCCAGAAAAGACUCUCAUCGGUAAAUUGAAAGCUAAAAUGAAACCCUUUGUUUAUGCAGCUACAUUCAGCGUGUAUGAUAAUCGUACGAAACAAUGGCGUGAUGGUGUUAUUAAUCAAAAAUUUCAGAUGUUGGGAUUCAAUUGGACAAUUGAAUGGCAUCAUCAUAAGUUGUCGAUGGAAGCUAAGCUAGGCUCAUCGUCUACAAAAUUCUAUGAUACACAAGGAAAUCAUCGACUCUUGGCUGAAUUUCAGUUGCGGUCAAGGUGGUCUUUUCGGACUAAAUACGAUAUGGAAAUUUAUUCCGAUGAGAUUCCUGAUAGUCUCUAUUUCCUAUGUUUAGCUGUCCGUCAUGUAGUAAAAAGAUCUUGAAGCGACAAAUAACAUUCGAUGAAGUUUUUGACUUCUGAUUAAUUUUUUGCAAUAUAUAAUUUAGAAACAUUGUUAGAAGUUUUGAUCAAUAAAAAUAGCAUUCAAAUAAAUUCUGUAUGAGAAAUUUCUGAAAUUUUGAGUCUAAUGUAUUUGUCAUGAAUAAUAUCAUGCCUUAAACCCAAAACUUAAGUCAUUCAGGAGGAAAACAAGCCAAAGAAUAAAUCAUGGCGUGAAUGUUUAAGUUUCUAUCGUAGUGAGCAUGAUGAAAUUCGUGCCAUUUGUUCUUUGAGCAUGUGGAACUUUGCCCUUGAUAUUCAAUAUGAAAAUCAUAAUUAUAAGAAUCGAAUCAUGUGUUGUUUUCGUGUAUUACAUAUCCCGUAAAAUAUUUUAACGUUUCGACGCAAAGCAAUUCUCGUGCAAAUGUGUUGUGACGUAGUUAAAUCAUCAUUCUUACAUUAGCAUAAAAACAUUCAUACAAUUGAUACUUAGAUAGAACGAAUUAUAUAUCGGAUAAGAACUGUAACGGAAAAAUCAUAAUCAAAUAACUGAUAAAUUAAAAAUCGAUGUUAAACAUGAAAGUAUGAUACUUUUCCAUAAGCACCUCAAGCUGUACGCUCAUGCAAAUAACUCCUUGCGUUUUAUUUAGUCAUGUGUAAAGAUAAAGAUGACGAUAUAUGUUUUAGACUAAUCGAUAACGAAACGUAGCAUAUGAUUAUUAUUGUAGUCAAAGACAAAGAUCGUUGUAGUAAUCAUAAGUCAAACACUCCGGUCAACCAAUCGGUGUCAGCUAGUCGAAUGAAUCAUUCCGAUCAGACUACUAAACGAGUCGGCAAACAUUUUAUUGGGAUGUUUAGACAAUGUGUCAUCAUCUAACAAAAAUAUACGAUAGUCCCGAUAGGGUGUAUGAGUGUAUGUAGAUAUUGGUUCAAUUAGAAACACUUCUACACUCAUAUUCACACAUACUCACACCCUCCGCACCCACAAAACAUUUUUUUUUGAAUUAGUAUUCGUAUAUUCUAGAUUAAUUCAUUGUUAUGUUCAUGGUUUACAUUCAUAUAUGCAUCAGAAAUAUGGUUGUAGUCAACUUUCUCAAUUUAUUUUCACCUUAGCAACAUUGAAAAAGCACUUUCAUCCAGCCCCUUUUGAAUAGACCAUAAGUGUAGCUGCAACUGUGACUUUGAGUGUAGACGUGAGCAUGGGUGCAGGUAUAGAUGUGAUUGUAGCUGUGAGUAUGAUAUACGUAUAGGUGUGACUUGGAAAGAAUUACAAUUCUCACUAAACUCCACAUCCUCAAGAUAGGCUUCCUUUUAUUUUAGGAUAUGAAUUCACGAAAAAUACUCCGGUAAAAUCAUACAAUCUCUUUUUCAAUCUUUUUUUGUUUAAUGAUCAUAUCUUACCGAAUUAGAGGACAAAAACUAUAUAUUUUGUCCAGUAGUGAAGGAGAAAGUGGAAGAAUAAAUAAUCGUUUUUGAAAUAAAAUAUAUCCAUAUGAUCCAUAUCGAAUAGCUUUUACUGUUUUCAAAACAAAACAAAAUUUAUUCUCAUUUCCGCUAAAUCUAAACUAUAAACUCCGCAUUUGUAUAAAGUUUUCUAAGGGUGUGGGUGUGAGUGGAUAUAGAUGUUGUAGCAUACAAGAUACACAACGGCACCCAUAUCUCACAUCCCCACUCAUACACCCACACCUGUACUCACACCACCCACGUCCACACCCGAUACUUCACCGGCAUCCCACACCCACCCUCACCCACACCCCACACCCUAUUUUUUUCCUAAUUAGGUAUUAUUGUCAAUAUAAACUGCAACAAUAUCGUAUAUUUCUGUAGUUUAUUUAUCUCACUAGACGAUUACCUGGCAUGAACGUCU